CUGUAUGGUGGAGCAAAAAAGGCAGCUUUUCAGCGUCUUGCCAAAAUGGGCAUAUGCACAACACACAUCCAUGCUGUCGGAAAACAGAAAGAGCUGGCCCAGUAUUGCAUGCGCCCGGUGUUUACUUUGAAACAGGACCUGGAGUCAUACUUCAAAAGCCAGGACAGAUGAACGAGAAGGGAGUCUUCAAAGGAGCCUGGAAGACCUUUCCCUAUCAGACAUGUCCACUAGCAAAUCUACCAAGGAGGGCGAUGCCCUGGACGUUUUCACGUUUAGCACUUUGACUGACGAAGAGAUGGCUGAUUUGGGUGUUGCUCCAUUGUCUGUCCCAGUACUUCCAACCAGUCAUACACCACAAACAUAUUCCAUAAUAUUUGACAACCUGGACUUUUACAUUCAGACACAUCAGCAGUCCAUCACUCAAACAAACAAGUCGAUACACUGGGUCCACCACAUGUGUGUCAUUAACAGAAUCAACUCACUCCACAUGGACAAUGUGAAACCAACAAAUGCUUUGAUCAACAAUGAUCUCGGCCAAUCACUUCCUGGACCAGACACGCAAGCUUGUAUGCGGCGGGAAUUUGUUGUGUUGGGAAGCCGUAUCCUGACGACGUAUCUGGAUCCAUUCAAGACCCUCUCAAGCGUGGUUGUUCACCACAUCCCCCACCAGUUCUCUGAAGAAAUGGCUCACCGCUCGACAUGUUACCCACUUGGACUUCUGUUUAAGGAUGAGACUCACACAGCUGACCUGGUGGAUGUGCUCCAGCAUCUUCAACAGGAGUAUGUGCCAAGAUGCCCUGAUGGAAUUCUCAAGGUUUUGGUUGGUGGUGACAGACUAACAGAGGGCAAUUGCCGGAAUGCCCAGUUGGCCUUUUCAGAAGGGGAGACUGAGGAGGAACGUUUGGAGGGCCUCGUGUUCAAAUACGAAGACUGGCACGCCAUCCGUAAUCUGUUUGAGGUUUGUAAGCUUCUAACUACAAGCUCCUUAGAUUCCACACAUUUGUGUACAUAA